AUGUCAAAUCUUUCUACUUUGUCUACUCCUAAUGUGUCUAAUCAAACAAUUGUUGAAAAUAAAGAACUUAGUCUGUUACAAUCUGUUAAGGAAUUCUUUGUGAACAGAGAUCUUAAAUUCUACGUGGCCUUAACUGGUGCUCUAGCUAUUUCCGGGGUUGGCCUUUAUUACUAUACCGCUUCAAAGUCACCUCGUCCUAAAUCGAGCAAGAAAAAGAAAGGCAAAUCGCAAAAAGGAACUACUAGAACAGCCGCCUCCUCUGCUGAAACAUCACAUACUGGAACAACAUCUGUUUUAUCAACCUAUCAGAACUUAACCGUACAGUCCUCCUAUCUUGCAGCAAAAGGAAUUCGAGGUAAAGCCAUUGAAGAGGAAAUCCAGUAUGAAAUUCUCUCACAAGCGGAAAUCGAGGAAAUGCCACAAGAGCAACGGAGUAAAGCAGGGCAGGUACUAAAAGACCGAGGAAAUGAUGCUUAUCGCCAAAGAAAUUAUGACAGGGCUGCUAAACUAUAUACUCAGGCCAUUGCAUUUCACCCCAAUUCCGUAUUUUACGGUAAUCGAGCUGCAUGUUACUUCAAUACUGAGCAAUAUCAUAAAACAAUAGAGGAUUGCAGUAAAGCACUGUCAUUGGAUCCUUCUUAUGUUAAGGCUCUAAAUCGUCGUGCAGCCGCAUAUGAACAAACUGAUCAAUUUCAAGAAGCAUUAUAUGACUACACAGCAUCAUGUAUCCUCGAUAAUUUCAGCAAUGAAACAACAGUAGCUUCUAUGGAUCGCGCUCUCAAGAUGAUCGCCGAAAUAAAGGGCCGCGAGCUAAUGCGGGAUCGAAAAAAGCGGCUACCAUCCCCAAGAUUUAUAAAAGCUUAUCUAGAUUCUUAUCGCAACGAAACAUUGCAAGCAUUGCAAGAAGAAUCUUCUGACCGAGAUGACGAAAACACUGGAAUCAAUGCUGAGAAUGAUAGCCAGAAUGUUUUGAAUUCUGAGGAAAAUGGAGAUUUAUAUUAUAGGAGAGCGUGUCAAAAGAUUCAAGAAUGUGACUACCCAGAAGCGUUGAAAGCAUUAGAAAAAGCAGUCGAACUUAAAUGCACUAAUUUGGCUCAGGCGAUCGAUAUGCGUGGUACUUUUAUCUAUUUAGAAGGCGAUACUGAGCGUGCCUUAAAUGAUUUCUCAAAAGCUAUCGAAUUGAAGCCAGAUUUUAUUAGGCCCUAUAUCAAAAGAGCCAGCAUUUACAUGGAAAGAGGAAAUAUCUCAGAGGCGUGGCGUGAAUUCGAUGAGGCUAUUAAAAUUAAUCCAAAUGAUCCCGAUGGGACAAGGCAAGCAAUUAUUUUUGACCGAGUGAUACUUGCAAUGCACAGGAUUUCUUUGUACUUCAUUACCGGAGAACUUCAAAAAGCUAGUGAAGAUUACCGAAAAAGUAUCGAACUUGAUGGCUAUUUCGUCUUUGGAUAUAUCCAACUUGCCAUUGCAAAAUACAAAUUAGGACCACCAGAGGCGGGAAUUGAUAUAUUCAAAGAAAGUUUACAAAGAUUUAGUAAAUCUGCCGAUAUGCAUAAUUAUUAUGGUGAAUUGCUACUCGAUUUGCAGCGGUUCGAUGAAGCAAUGGAGCAGUUUGAUAUUGCGAUAGAAUUGCAGAAAGGCAAUCCUUUGCCUUAUGUCAAUAAGGCAUUGGCAGCAUUCCAAAGACAAGAUCCCGCACAAGCUGAAGAGCUCUGUAGAAAAGCGUUGGAAGUCGAUCCUGAUAGCGAUGUAGCAAAUCCAGCUAUGAGCCAAAUUCUUAUACAACAGGGCAAAACAGAGUCUGCAUUAACAUACAUUGAGAAAUGUGUUGAGGUUUCCCGAACUGAAACUGAAAUAGUAGCACAUCUUCAGUUUGCAGAGGCUGCAAAAUCUCAUCUACAUUUCGCAAGAAACUAUCCGCAAUUUGCUGAUCGUCUCACUUCUAUUCGUGGAGAUGUGCAAACUAUAAAGAAAAUAAUAGAACAAGAUGAAAACGUGUUCUAUAGUGAUGAAAAUGGUAUUAGUCCAUUACACGUUGCUUGCUCCAAGGGUCAAUCUGAGAUAGUCUCGUUAUUACUCGAACAUGGUCAUCCUUGGAAUGCAAUAGAUGUUAAUGGGAAAACUGCUGCGGAAUAUGCUAAAGAAAACGGAUAUAAUGAAAUCUAUCAAAGGUUAUUAGAGGAAGGCUGUAGGGUCGAACUAAUUCUUGGAGUACUCGGAGGAAAAAAUCAAGAAGAGGAAAAAAAUAAUGAUGGUAAACCAUCAAAUGAGGACUUUCUCACGCGUCCACUUAAAUACUCUGAAGAUGGCACGCGGUUGCUCGACUAUGAAAACAAUGGAGUGAUGAUGGGAUGGGAAAAACCACUCAUGGAGAAACAUGCUCAAAUAAUUUGCCCGCGUGAAAAUCUCGGUAUUCUUAAUAUCGGUUUUGGACUAGGAUUAAUAGAUACCGAGAUACAAAAAUAUAAGCCGCAUACUCACACUAUAAUUGAAGCUCAUCCUGACGUGUAUAAACACAUGAUGGCAGAAGGAUGGCAUCUUAAACCAGGCGUGAAGAUUAUAUUUGGCCGUUGGCAAGAUGUGUUGGAUCAGUUGGACACCUAUGAUGGUAUUUUUUUUGAUACUUUUGGAGAAUUUUAUCAAGAUUUGCGAGAAUUUCAUGAAGAGGUGCCGAAUUUUCUGAAAAGCGAAGGAAUUUACUCGUUCUUUAAUGGAUUAGGAGCGACUAAUCCUUUUUUUCAUGACGUGUAUUGUCAGAUUGUUGAGAUGCAUUUGGCGGAUGUGGGAUUGAAAACAAAAUUCAUAGAGAUUAAAAUCGAUCCUUCUGCCGAUGAAAUUUGGAACGGAGUCAAGGGUCGUUAUUGGACAUUGGAUACCUAUAGAUUACCAAUUUGUGAGUUUAUGACUUUUUAG